AGUCUGAGUCUCAGUCUGUCAGUCUUCAAACAUGCAGACUACGAGCUACACGUCGGUUCUUACCCUCGCCUUGUCCCUAGGACUCGCAGCGUCCUUACAAGUCCCUGAGUAUGUAAAGCAAUGCAAGCUGAGUUCGCCAAAUCUACAGGAAUGCUUGAUUGGGUCUUUGCAUCAUCUGAGACCUUAUCUCGUCAAAGGCAUCCCUGAGAUACAUCUGCCAAGUGUAGAACCCUUCAUACUGGACUCACUCUCACUAGCCCUGACUGGGGGAGACCAAGGCUACAAGAUUACACUGAGAGAUAUUCACAUGUAUGGAGCGAGCAACUUCACCGUCACCAAGCUCAAGCUAAGCAAAGACAACAAUCCAUUUGAAGCCAGAGUAUUGAUCCCUGAGAUGACGAUUGAUGCUAACUACACCAGCAGUGGAGUGCUGAUAAUCCUGCCAGCUAGUGGCGGCGGAACUUUCCACGCUAACUUGGGCAACGUGGUAGCUCUAGUAAAGGGCUUCACCAGCACAUACAAAAAAGAGGGCUUAGACUAUCUGACAAUUGACAAACUGAGCAUUGACCUCAACAUCAAAAACAUCAGGAUGAGAGUGGAAAAGAUCUUCAACAACAACAGAAUAUUAACUGAAGCAACCAAUCUGUUUCUGAGGGAGAACGGACACGAAGUGCUCAAUGUGAUGAUGCCCCAACUACGAAUCAAAAUGGCUCAAGUUAUAAAGAAAGUCGUCAACCAGCUGCUAUUGCACACACCCGUGCAACUCAUGGUGAAACCUUGAGUUAGUGAAAACGCUCAAGAAACAACUCAAGUGUACAAAGCAUAAAAAAUGAACUGAGGCCAGCUUUACCUAGGUGCUACAAAGUGUAAGACAUUGUAAUGUAGUUUAAUAGAUUGUGACAAAUACGACACCGUAAUGAAUAAUAAGUAUUACUUUUUUUAA